UGUAGGCACCUUGACUUGCCUCUUCUUUUGUAUAGUGAAUUGCCUGUUGGUGACUCAGUGGGACAGUACUGCACUUCACUGCCUGCGGAGACUUGAGCUGGAUUCAGUUUCCCCUGCUCAGUUGGGCCAUGGAGAGUAAAGCAGCUGUGGAGGCUGAGCCAAAUGGGGGCAUGGUGCUGCUCAAAGAAGAGAAGCCUGAAAUGGAGGCAAGAGGCCAGUGGAGUAAUAAAAUAGAGUUUAUGCUAUCCGUGGCUGGGGAGAUCAUCGGCCUGGGCAAUGUCUGGAGAUUCCCUUAUCUCUGUUACAAAAAUGGAGGUGGUGCCUUCUUCAUCCCCUACCUUAUCUUCCUCUUUAGUUGUGGGAUCCCAGUGUUCUUCCUGGAGACAGCUCUAGGACAGUACACCAGCCAGGGAGGGAUCACUGCCUGGAGGAAGAUCUGCCCUCUCUUUGAAGGAAUUGGAUAUGCCUCACAAGUCAUUGAAUCCUAUCUGAAUAUCUACUACAUCGUCAUCCUAUCUUGGGCUAUCUUCUACCUGUUCAGCUCCUUUACUGCUGUGCUUCCCUGGGCCACCUGUGAUAAUCCUUGGAACUCAGAUUGCUGCGUGGACUUUCUGAAUCACUCUAACUUGGAGAACUGGACAGCGCCUGCUAAUGCCACCUCCCCAGUUACUGAGUUCUGGGAGAAUCGAGUCCUGGGACUCUCAGACGGUAUUCACAAUCUGGGCACUCUGCGCUGGGAGCUGGCUCUCUGCCUCUUGCUCGCCUGGGUCAUCUGCUACUUCUGCAUCUGGAAAGGAGUCAAGUCCACAGGCAAAGUUGUUUACUUCACCGCCACAUUUCCCUACUUGAUGCUUUUUGUCUUGCUGAUUCGAGGGGUCAGCCUGCCUGGUGCUGCUGAGGGGAUCAUGUUCUAUCUGAAGCCAGACAUUUCCAGGCUUGCAGACCCGCAGGUGUGGAUGGAUGCAGGCACUCAGAUCUUCUUCUCUUAUGCUAUCUGCCAGGGGUGCCUGACAGCCUUGGGCAGCUACAAUAAGUACAAUAACAACUGUUACAGGGACUGCUUCAUGCUAUGUUUCCUGAAUAGCGCCACCAGCUUUGUGGCUGGCUUUGCUAUCUUCUCUGUGCUGGGCUUCAUGGCACAAGAACAGGGCGUGCCCAUUUCAGAAGUGGCCGAGUCAGGUCCCGGCCUAGCAUUCAUUGCGUAUCCAAAGGCUGUAACGCUGAUGCCUGGGCCUCAGCUCUGGUCCUGCCUAUUCUUCCUGAUGCUGAUCUUCCUGGGACUGGACAGCCAGUUCGUCUGUGUUGAGAGCCUGGUGACAGCCAUUGUUGACAUUUACCCAGAAGUUCUCCAGAAGAAAGGGCACCGGGAGUUGCUGAUCCUGGCCGUUGCAGUCAUAUGCUACCUGCUUGGCCUGAUGCUAGUCACUGAGGGUGGAAUGUACAUCUUCCAGCUGUUUGAUUAUUAUGCUGCCAGCGGUAUGUGCCUACUAUUCCUGGCCAUUUUUGAAGUCAUCUCUAUUGGCUGGGUGUAUGGUGCAGACCAUUUCUAUGACAACAUCGAGGACAUGAUUGGUUAUCGGCCGUCGCCGCUGAUUAAGAUGUGCUGGAAGGUUGUCACCCCUGGUGUUUGCGUGGUGACCUUCCUAUUUUCACUGAUCAAGUACACUCCCCUCAAAUACAACAACUCCUACAUGUACCCUCCCUGGGGCUAUGCUCUGGGCUGGUUGAUGGCUCUCUCUUCCAUGAUCUGCAUUCCACUCUACGUCAUUUUCAUCCUGCUGAAGACCAGAGGAUCACUAAAGAAGAGGCUAAAGCAACUCACUUCCCCAGCGGAGGACUUGCCUCAGCCAAAGAAGCACCGGGCUAGUGUGUCUGAACCAUGGGAGAGCCCCAAAGCAGAAUACAGGAUCUCAUCCCCGUCAGCCAAGGAAGUGCUCAUAACCACAGAGAAGGAAGCCCACUUGUAAAGAAUAUGGGAAAGGAUUUCGCCUUUGCAUUCUGGAGUGAUUCCCCCUCUCAUUCCUGAGAUGGCUUCUCUUCACACCUGGGACAAUGUACUCUUCAUUUCUCCCCUGCACACCUGAGACAGAGCCAUCCUAGUCAGUGAUUCUGGGACAUCCUUCACCCUCCCCAAGUUUAUCAGGUAGUUAACUACACAGACUUGGGAUGGCAGUUCUUUUGACACCCCCUAGGACGGCUCUCUCCUUUUGCACCUGGGAAAGAGCAAUGUGGCUUCACCAGAGGCGCUUUAGAGCCCUGACACUAAAAAAAGGAACAGUAGAUAUAAAAUAAUGGGGAAAAGAAAUUGCAAGCAGUAGAGAGGUUCAGAAGUAAAGUCAGGAAGGCAAAGGCCCAAAAUGAGGGGGUGUGAGCAAAAGGAACAAGUAAAAUGGUUUAUAAGUACAUGAAAAGCAGGAGGCUGACAUAGGAAAGUGCGCCGGUAAGUCACCUACAUACCAGGGAGAGAGAGCCAAUCACAUACUAAAGAGGCUGCAGUGCUGAGUAGGUAUUUGGCUUCAGCUGUCACUCAAAGGGUGAGUGACAGGUUACUUAACAUAAUCAUAGUUAAUGAGGAAAGGGAGAGACCACAAGGCAGACUCAGGAUGGAACAGGCUGAAGGAUAUCUGGGUAACUCGUGCUAAUUCAAAUUGAAAUGGGCUGGUGAAAUUCAUACUAAAGAGUGUGAGGCUAGCAGAAAGCUGACAAUUCUUUUGGGGAGAGCCUGGAGUGCAGGGGAGGUCCCACAAUACUGGUCGAGAGUAAACAUAGCACAUAGGGGCCAAAAGGGGCUCCAGGAAUUACACACGAGAAGGUUUAAACUGCAUUACCUGCAGCUGGCUAGAAGAAUGAAUAGAAGCCUGAUUCCCUGCUACACUGCACUUUGUGGCAUCAUUUACACCAGGGCAAGUGAUACCACAUCAGAAUGAUAGCCUUUUACACCACUUUGCCCUGGUGUAAAUGACUGCACAAAGUACGAUCAGGCUCAAAACCUGAGCGCUUCCAGGCAAAUACAUGAUAAAUAGUAAGGCGACAAAUAGCCAAGAUGAAUUAAUCAGAAAAAAGUAAUACCAAAGUAUCUUAAUCUCUUUCUUUGACAAGAUAAUGCCCGAAGGGAAUGCAGGGGACUGGAGGUAUUUCAACUUGAAUAAGGCAUUUGAUACAGUUUCACAUGACCGUCUCCUAUGGAUACUGUGAAUUCAAACGGAACAGCUAUAAACUGAAAUGCCAAAAACUACAUAGUUGUAUAUCAAGGCUGCACAGCUAAAAUCACAGGAAAAGCUGAAGCUAAGGGCCCAUCAGCCACAUUACUUCAGCUCCAUGGCAUGAAUAUUGGUAUAUAGACCGUGUGACAUAAUAGCCUAUUAAACUGAAGCACACACUUAACCGGAAAAAGAAGAGCAAAUACUACACACUGUGGGACUGGUUCUCCAUUGCACUGCACUUUGUGAAUAUGUCUACACUGCAGCUGGGAGCGAGGCUCACAGCCCAAGGGGAGAGACCUCAUGCUGGUGGGGCUGAAGCUAGUGCGCUAAAAAGAGCAGUGUGGACAUUGCUGUACUGGCGGAGGCUCAGGCUAGCCAGCCAACCUUGGAUCCUAUUUCAUUCCUGCCCAAGCUUGGCUGGCUAGCCUGAGUCUCUGCCCGUGCAGUAACAUCCACACUGCUAUUUUUAAUGCUCUAGUAUGAGGUCUGUCUGGGAGGUUCACUCCCAGCAACCACGUAGACAUAACCUGUGUAGUCAUCGACACCUGUGCUGAGUGGGCGUAAAACACUAACACUGAUGAAUGUGAGUGGAAAAUCCAUGCCUCUUGUGUGCAAUGCAGUUGCAUUUAUAUUGCCAUUGGGGCCUUAGCUUUUGCUUUUCUUGUGAAUGUCACUGUGCAGCCUUAUUGCUGAAUUAGCAGAGUUUUUUGUGUUUAGUUUCCUUUCUUUUAAAAAAGAAAGAAAGAUUGACUGCUGGUGCAAGUAACAUUUAAAUGGCCCCAGUUAAGUGUCAACAUUCACACUUCAUAGAGAUGAGUGGUUGGAAGAUGUGGAAAUUUGGUUGGAGACAAUUUUUGGCAAGUCCGGGUGGACAGCAGGCCAGCAUCGCAUCUGGGUCAUUGUGAUGGCUGUACUUUUUGCAAUGAAAGCAGGUUUUUGUAAAAAAGAAACUUUAGAAUGUGCAGAAGGCAGGAAAGUUGUGGAAUGGCCUGAAAAUUAUGAGAUCAGUUGUUUCCUGUGUUCGUUAUUUUCUCCUUCCCUUGUGUUUAUACUGAUUUGGCUUUUACUUGCAGGGUUGCUGUGUGUUUCAAUAAGACAAAUGUUCCUCAUACAGGUUGCCCUAACAACAGUCUGAGCGCAGCAGCUGUGGCCAGCCUGGAAGACUGUGCAAAUGUGCAAUGUCAAAGGCAGCAGAGCUUUAUCAGACUGCUAAAAUUUGAGCAGAUGCCCACUGAGCAUGCUCAGAAGUGAACGUUUCAAUUGCUUAUAACGGCUCUAUUGUUAUUUCCACUACUACCUCUCUCCCGCCCCCUCCCAGCGGAGCACAAGUGCUCGCAGGAUUAUCCCUAGGACAGAUUUGUUUUUUAAUUCCAAGUUUUAGGCUUCAGCAGUUUUUCUUGCAUCCUUGCUUGAAAGACUGUGGUACAGUAUUAGAGAGGGUAGCGUGUAUUUUACUCUCUCUCCACUAAUUCAAGUGGCAGAAGGAGAAGGUUGGUUUUGUAGCUCAGGCACUGGGGUGAGACUCAGGCUAUUGGAGUUCACUUCCAGGCUGUGACACAGACUCCUUCUGUGUCCGGGGGGAAGUCACUUAAAAGUCUCUGUGCUUCAUUUUGUAAAAUACUAGGGAUAAUAAUACUUACAAUCUCCCUGGUGUGUUGGGAGGAUAAAUUCAUUCAUGUAUGUGAGGUGCUCAGAUCCAAUGGUGAGGGGGCUGUGGAAACACUUGAUAAAUGAUCAUCUUUGCACAGAGACCAAGGGUCAGAUUCUGAGCUGAGUCUUGUUGGCAUAAGUGUGGGGUUGUAUUAACAGAAAUAUCACCUGUGAGGAAAUGGUUCUUCUCUACUCACCAGUAGGCAGACCUUGGUGCUCCACUUUCAAGUUCAGGCAGCUCUGGUUUAAGAAGUCAGAGGGUGAAAUGAAAAUGAUCUCCUUUGUGUUUUUAAAUAAAAUUUUGAUUUUUUUAUUAAAACCAAAAAGUGUUUAGUUUUUCCUUUUCCCCUUUCCUUCCUUUUUCAUCCUUUAUUUCUCUUUCCCCCUCCUUUUCCCAUUCCAGUGGCAAAAUGGAAAAGAGGAAGGAAAGGAGGUGAAACGGGGGUUAAAAGAGAAACUGAAAAGCCAAACCCCAUAAAUUUUUGCUUAAAAAAAUUCACCAACAUUUUCAAGAAAUAAACAAAAAACCAAAAACAGUUCUUCUAAAACCAAACCAACCCCACAAACAACACACCCAACUUCUAAACUAAAAUGUUAGUGAAAUUUUCAAAAGUGUUUUGUUUGUUUGUUGACCAGAUCUACUUUGUGGCAGUGCUGGAAGGAGUUAACGCCCCAUUUCCCCUGCAUUAGUGGAGAUGGGUACUGAAUCAGAAAAGGGGAUGGGCUUUUAUAGGAUUGGAAAAACUUCCCUCAGCCAGCAUCCUCACACACUCAUCUGUUCAUGGGAGAACUGUUAUGAGGUUACAUCUGGGGUCUUGUCUUCACCAUGAGAAAAAGGUGUGUUCUUAACUCGAGUGAACUAACUCAAGGUAAAAUCCUAGUGUGGACAAAGAAGUCUGUGGUAUUCCCAUGAGCUAGCAGGUUAAGUUAAAAACUAACCUCCCCUAUAGUCUUUACCUAGACCUUCUGACUCGUGUGAAAACUGCAAACUGGCUUGCAUUCACCAGGCUAUUACCAUGUGUUAGUUAUCACCUGUUAGCUGACUUGAGUUAACACCUUUCUUCCUACUGUAAAGAUGGAUCCUGUAAGUCUAGGGACCCAGCUAACAGGGUAUUCUGCAGCAGAAGGCAAGGAUCCAUUGGUAGGGGCAGCAGAGGGAGAGGUGGACACUCAGCUGUACAUUUGACAUAUCCUCUGCUGAAUGUAGGGAGUUCUGAGUCCAUCAGCACAAAUUACUGUGCUCUGCUGUCGGAGGGGACCAUGGAGAGAGAGGAACACAGUGACAGAGCAGGCUGUUUGGUAGGGAUCCACCCAUCAGGAGGCUGGCUACUCCUCAUUUCCAUCCAGUUACUUCAGAAGUGUUGGGGAAAGUGCCCUAAUUUCAGAGUUCGGGGGGAGGGGUGUUUGUUAGCAGUAAGUUCCCUCCUUAAAAGUUGGUUUACAGCACUUGUAUGCACAGAAUACGCCCCCAUGUGCAAUAUUUUUACUUGUUUCUCAUAGACUUGUGUAUAUUU